CCUAAUGUAAUAUGUAUACCUAUUAGUAAGAACAGCUCUACAGGUUAGCAUGAAUCAUGCCGGUGACACUCUGCAAGCAUGCUAGGUAGACUAGCUCCCGCAACCGAUUUCCUGUUUUAGAAGUUGCCCGAAGGAUUAGAUACAUCAACUCGGUCGAACCGGCGUGUCAACGGCCGGUCCCAAAGGCAUAUAAAUAGGUAGCUCCCUUACUUGAGCCCGAAUUCUCCCCCACCCGCGUAGUUGCCAUCCGCUUUGUAACGGUAGUUGAUCGCAAAGUUUUAGAUCUCUACGACAGGAAGCCCCUGGAUCCUAGAACAAUAUGUCCAUAGACGCAUUGGUCCCCAACGACCCUCGAGUCGAGCAUAAAUUCAAAUCCUUUGGCGAUAUCAAAUAUUACUAUGUCUUAGCUAAGCCGCAGGGCAAACCGGUUGCCACUGUUCUCCUUGCUCAUGGCUGGCCUGAUCUCGGGUUUGCAUGGCGAUUCCAAGUCCCUUACCUCACGUCCCUGGGCUUGCAGGUUAUUGUUCCAGACAUGCUGGGAUAUGGGCAAACUUCUGCUCCUGAUUCUUUCGAUGAGUACACGAUGAAGAAAAUGACUGCUCAUAUUGCAGCUAUUAUCAAGGAGGUUACCGACCAACCUGUCAUCCUCGGCGGGCACGAUUGGGGCGGGUUUUUCGUUUGGCGCAUGUACGCAUACUACCCCGAGUUAAUCCGAGCAAUAUUCAGCAUUUGCGUACCUUACAUGCCUCCGUCACCGGUCAAGAUCACGCUGGAGCAACUGGUGGAAAAGAUGCCUAACUUCCGGUAUCAGCUGCAAUUUGCAAGCGGGGAGGCGGAGAAUAUCCUCAACAAAACGCCUGAGAAUAUCCGGGGCCUCAUGAACGGCUUACUUGGCGGUAGAACGCCAGAUGGCAGCACCGCCCUCAGAGUCGAGGUCGGCCUCAUCGAGGAGAACCUGCAGAAGAUCAGCCCUGCCACGUCCGUUAGCAAGGAGGUGAUCGAUUUCUACGUCCAGGAGCACUCGCGCCACGGCUUCCGCGGCCCGUGCAACUGGUACCGGACUCGCACUCUCAACGCGGAGGACGACCUGGAGCUCGCGAAGAAUCCGGAUCCCAGAAUCAACGUGCCGGCCAUGUUGAUCAUGGCGGAGAAAGAUGCCGCGCUCCCGCCACGUCUAGCGCAAGGCCAGGAAAAGCUUUUCACUGCCGGGCUUAAGAGCGAAGUUAUUAACGAUGUCGGCCACUGGGUCAUGGUUGAGAAACCCGAAGAGACUAAUAAGCAUAUUGGAGAUUUCGUCAAGAGCGUCCUUGGAGAUGAGCUUAAGGCGUCGCUGUAGAGCUAGAGUUCAGCCCAUAGCCCAAUCGUAGGCACCUAAGCGGUACAUAUGUAAAGAACACAUACUAUACUAAGGACUUAGCAUACGUGCAAUUGAUGGAUAUUCGUAUUAGAGUGGCUGAUUAUGCGCGACGCGCAAUGUGUAGCCUAUUCUGUCUCGCAUAGUUGCUGCCUGUUGCUAUUCAUAGGUAGGCAAUGGAAUUUGUAGAUAUGUAGCAUGAACUGUUUAGGUGUGGCAUGGAGAGUCAGUAGAACGAGAAAGUGUCUACCUAAUAUUUAUACCAAUUGAAAUAGAGUAUAAGCUAGCUGAGCGAGGGUAUCACGAAGAAGUUGAUACUACAUGGGUAUUACCUCCAGUAGAUUAAGAGUCUAAACUCGAUAGGAAUUGUUUGUACGCCGUCGGGCAAGGAGGAGGAAACUACGGUCGACAACGCCACAAUGAAUACCGGGUAGUAACCCCUCCGCCUCUGAAAUAUGUACGCAGUAUGUUCGCCCACUUAAAAUAAGAUUGAUGAAUAGUCCCAAGACUUUCUGCGCAUGCACUUUAUCCUUGCGAAGUUAGCUAAGUGAGCUAGUGGAUGUUUAUUUAAUGACUUUAUUUAUGUUGCGCUGAGCUGAAAUUAGAAAACAGCGUGAUUGGUAUCGCGAUGGUUUUAUGCUUCUUUUCUUAAUGUCACGCAAAUGCAUUUAUACCGAUAUUAAGUAAGACGCUUCCACCCGCAAUGCCUGGAU